GCCUGGGAGUGGAAGUUACUGCUCACAAAUCUGACAAGAUGUCUCUGACAUUUGGCAGCAGAUCAGGACAGUUUGGGGGGGAUACUGCAUACCUGAUGAGUAUUGACGAUGGACCAAAGAAAGGCAGGAGAUCCCUGAGUUUAGUAUGGGGGAUUGCAGCUGCUGCAGUGUGUCUGCUGCUUCUUCUGCUGACAUUCAUUCUGAUGGCCCACAAUUCCAGCACCAUCAAUCGUUGGGACACCAAUUAUGGAAGCCUGAUUCAAAACCUUACAAAAGACAGGAAAGAUCAGCCAGACAUACAAAAGAUUCACCCCAGCAGCCUGACUCAAGACCAAGGCACCCUGAAAGAAGAACGAGAAGCUCUAACAAAUGAGCGAAACCAGCUGAAGAACUACUCCAGUAUCCUGACGAGAGACAGUGAGUCUCUUAGAAAGGAACGUGAUGCUUUGAAAAAUGAACGAGACCAGCUGAAGAUUCACUCCAGCAGCCUGACUAGAGAGUUAGAUGAUCUCAGGGAUGAGCGUAAAGCUUUGAAAACUGAGCGAGGUACUCUUAAGAAUGAGCGAGAUCAACUCAAAAUCCAAUUUGGCAAUCUGACUGAAUACAAAAAUGCUCUGAAAGAAGAGCGAGAUGCACUGAAAGAUGAACGAGGGGCUCUGACAGCUGAACGUGGAGCCCUGAAAGAAGAACGAGACAGUCUGAAGAGGCUGACCCUCAACCUGACCAAAGACAGAGACACUCUGAGACAUGAGCGAGAUGAUCUAAAAAAUGAACGAGAGGCUCUCAAAGCUGAGCAUGGAGCUCUGAAAGGAGAACUAGACAGCGUAAAGACUCUGACCUUCAACUUGACUGAAGACAGAGACACUCUGAGACAUGAGCGAGAUGCUUUAAGAAAUGAACGAGAGGCUCUCAAAGCUGAGCAUGGAGCUCUGAAAGAAGAACUAGACAGUCUGAAGACUCUGACCUUCAACCUGACUAAAGAGAGAGAUACACUGAGACAUGAUCAAGAGGCUCUGACAGCUGAGCGCGGUGCUCUGAAAGAAGAACGAGACAGUCUGAAAAUCCUGACCUUCAACCUGACUAAAGACAGAGACACUCUGAGGCUUGAGCAAGAUGCUCUGAGAGAUGAACGAGGGGCUCUGACAGCUGAGCGUGGAACUCUGAAAGGAGAACGAGACAGUUUACAGAUGCUGACUCUUAUCCUGACUAAAGACAGAGACACCCUGAAAGAAGAACGAGAUGCUCUAAGAAAGGAGCAUGAGCGGUUGAAGAUGUCAGGUUGUAACCUGACUACAGAGAUGACACCUACGCAGACACAGAACAACAUUGUUGCUACAACUACUGGUAAACCUCGAGGAGAGGUCAUCAGGACCACUGUCAGCCCAACAGUAGUCAAAACUUGCCUCCAGGGAUGGAGCCUGUACAACGACAAGUGCUACUAUUUCUCUCCUGAAGGAACGCACAGAAGCUGGCAAAGCAGCAGGCAGUACUGUUUAGAUAGAGGAGGGGAACUGGCCAUGCCAAAAACCAAACUGGAGCUGAAUUAUGUCAGCAGGAGAAACAUGUAUACCUGGAUUGGUCUGUCGGAUAGGCUGGUGGAAGGCAGGUGGGAGUGGGUGGACGGGACAAAACAGAACGGUCGCGGAUUCUGGAAACCAGGGGAGCCUAACAACGCUGGAAACGAGGACUGUGCCGAGGUUGCUCGCGAUGUGGUGAAACUGAAUGAUGCACCUUGUUAUAAUGAUUUUUCAUGGGCGUGUGAGGCCCAGCCUCAGAUAACGAGUCAGUAACGAAUAAUAACACUUAUGAUAACAUAAUAAUGUUAAAACAGUAUUUUCAUUUUUGUAUUUCAUUUUGAAACCUUUUAUGUUGUUUUCUAUUUUUAUUUAUUAAGCUGUGAAUUAUAUUGCAAUGUUACUGAAAUAAGUUAUUUAAAAAGAAGAGUAAACAAUGUUGAUUUUGUAUAUUUCAAUGGCACUGAAUCUAAAAUAAACAUCUAUUUGUA